AUGGGUGUCCGUCUCCUUCUUGCUCUGAUCUUUGCCAUCACUCUCCAUGCUUGCAGUAUGGCGCUUCCCGCGGUCAAUGACCUUAAUCAUAUGAAAGCGGGGAAUGCUACGCAAAGUACUAGCACAGAUUAUGGUAGUGAGGAACGUGGUAUGGCGGGGGUCGAAGCGGUAACUGAGGCUGGCAAAACUCGAAUCCUGGGGUUCAAAGCCCCAAAGUGGUGGGAAAAAUUUCUCGAACACAUCAUGCCGACGCUCAGGUAUAACCGUGACCGCGUAUCUCGAUUUUUUACUUUCAUCAAAGAAUUAUUUCUUGGUCAAAGUAAGAAUGCAAAAGCUCUCAAGAAAAACUCAAGUGUGAAGACCGUUGAAGCCAAACCUGAUCCACCUCCAGUUGUUGCGCCAGUUCCGCCAAAAAAACUUCCUGCUCCUGCUUCUGCUCCUGUUCCUGUUCCUGCUUCUGCUUCUGCGUCUGCCCCAGCUUCUGCGUCUACUACUGUUUCUGCUCCGGUUUCUGCUCCUGUUUCUUCUCCUGCUUCUUUGGAACCAUCGGCAUCAACUUUACAGAAGUCUACGAGAUGGUCGUGGUGGAAAGAGGCAGCGGAAACGCCAGUAAAAGCUGUGCCAAAGUCAGGCCCGGGUGAUACUGUUUCGAAGAAUACUAAAAGUUGGUUUUCAGUUAUGAAAGCGAUCUCUCAGUGGCCGAAAAAGUCAACCACUGCGGUAACAGAGCAGGGAGAUUCUGUUUUGUGGUCCGAGUCAGCGGAGAAGUCACAGAAUUCCGUACCAAAGCGAGACCCCAGCAAGACAAUUUCAAAGAAUGCUGAAGUUGUUGCUUCACUCGUGAAACCGUACGUUAUGCGGUGGAAACAAUUAAUCACGCCGGUAACGAAGGAGGGAGAUGCUGUCGAGAAGACUUCACCAAAGUCUACGAGCUAUUUGUCUAGGUGGCCUGCGCAUGUGAAGCAGUACUUGCCGUCGUUUAAACAGUCAACAACCCCGGUAAAGAAGGAGGAAGAUGCAGCCAAAAGUUUUUUACAGAUGCUUGCGAGCUAUUAUCUGUUGUGGAGAAAGACAGCGGUGAAGCCGCAUGAAGCUACUCUGAAGUCAGACUCGGGUGAGGUCGCCUCAUAG